CACGUUUUACUGCUGGUAACAUUGGUAAACGAUUUUCAAAAACUUGUUUUGGUUAUUAAUUUGUAAGAAACAUAUUUUAUAUUUCCCACACGCUUGAAAGCAGUUUAAUAUUAUGAUUGAUAGUUAAUAAGCGCUCAACAGUAGAAGUGUGUUAAGUGAUACUCGUACGCUGCCUCGUCUUUUGAGAGGCUAAACAAGCGUUAUGGAUGGUCCCGGAAUGAGUUUAUUUCAAGGUGCCGCGAGUAUCCACAUAAACAAUAGUGCUCAAGAUAGACUUGAAGAACAGGAGGAACUAGAAGACCAGAAACGAAGGAAUGAGGAGUUGAAACAUGAGCUGGCUAAUGCCUUCGAUGACCUGCUUGAUGAUGAUGAGGCUAGCUCAGUCAACAGUAGUGGCAAUUAUACAUUGGAUCCAGCUCAAAGCAAUGGAGUCAAACAAACAAGGACAGGGUUGCCACCAACUUAUGUGGAGUCCUUAAACCAUUUAAAAGAGAAUCAAUGUGCCGAGUCUCCCAAGUUAUACUGUGAGACUCCCAAGAACCAUGUAGUUCAAAUGAGGCAUCCGGAUGAUGCUUUAAAAGCACAGUUCAGUCCAUAUGGAGCUGGUGAUGGACAAAACCAUUAUUUCCAACAGGAGUUCAGAGGUCACAUGAAUGGUGUAAACAACUGUGAGAGGCAAGAAUACAUGAACAAUGAACAACUUAAAGUUUUGUAUGAUGUCAGAGUAAAAGAAUGUCAACAGUUAGCUGGUCAGAUGCAGAAACUGGAUACAGAGAUAGACAGCCUCCGAGCUCGUCUCACUGCUGCAAUCAAUGAUCGGGACAAGGCUGAGUUGUCUCUUCAGGAAGCUCAUCAUUUGCUUGCAUCAAGUAAGCACAAAUUGAUUGAGCUAGAACAACAAGUAACGGCCCUGUCUAAAAAGCUAGUGGAAAGUGACCAGGAGAAGGAGCAACUCAAACUAGAAGUCCGCUCUGCAAACAUCAGCCUACAGGAUGUACAACAAAAACUUCAUACUCUACAGGUGGCCCACACACACGAUACUGACGCUCUAUUCAGAGAACAGCAGGAUAGGCAUCGCGAUGAAAUGGAAAGGCUACAAAACGAUUUGACUAAAGCUAAAAAUAGACUAGACGAAAAAGACAAUGAAGUAAAGACAUUAGAACGACGAUGUAUGGAGAAAGACAGGGAAAAGGAAGAUAUUUUGAUAGAAAAAGGCGCCACGAUAAACAGAUUAGCCAGUGAACUAGAGGCUGCUCAAAGUAGACUUGUAAACGGAGAAACUACGAAACUAAAGGAAAGAGUAUCUCAACUAACUACUGAAAGAAAUGCGGCUAGAGAACAAGUUAAGGAGAUGGGAUCUAAGCUAGAGCUGACUGCACAUGAGUUAGUUCUAUACAGGAACAAACUAGCAGGCACACAGAAAGAAUAUGAGCACUGGAGGACAACACUACAUCAGAUUUUAAUGGAAUCUUUACCUGAAAACACUUACCUUGGUGAACCUCCAUCUCCAGGAAAAUUGUCAACCCUUAAAGAAGUCUUGAGUAGAUACAAAAUACAGAUGCAGAAGUUAUCGACGUUACAAGAAGAAAUAAGUAAAAGGGAUAAAAAGAUAGAACAGCAUCGCAAACAAGAAUUAGAUCUUCGAGCUAAAUUCGAGGAACAGAAAGGUCUGGAGAUGCAGCUCAACUCGCGAAUGGCAGUGUUACAGAAUAAACUCGAGCUAUUGGGCAGUAACUCUGACAGCGAACUACUGGAGAACUAUAAACAACAGAAUGAGAGUCUACAAGCUGAACUCGAGGAAGUCAGGAGUGAAUUGAAAAAUUUGGAUCUCAAACACACUCAACUAGAGUUAGACUACGAGAAGUUGAAGUCAGAAAAAGGCAGCCGCGCGUCUAUCGUGCAAGAAGCGAAUGCGGAUUUGUUGCGUGAAUUAGAACGUUACAGCGGACAGCUCAAAGACACGCUCAAGGAGAAUGGGGAGUUGAAAACUUUAUAUUUACAGGCGUGUAGCUCACGAGACUCAGUAUCGAGAGAGCUAAAAGACCUACAGUCAAAAACUCAAAAGGAGAAGGAAUUCUACAAGUCACAAGAGAAGGAAUUUGUAGAGCGAAUAGAGAAACAGAAGCAGCACAUAGACAAGUUGAUGGCGGAACUGAGCGACUGCAAAGAGGAGUUGGAUAGAGCCAAUAAGAGAAUAUCGGAGUUGCAAAGAGAGUUUACUGAUAAACAGAGAGAGUUCACUGAGAAACUUGAUCAGUACUUACAAGAUGAAAAGUCUGCAAUGCGAAAAGAGAGGGAGCCAUGUGCGCAGUGUGAAAAGCACGUGAAACAUAUCAAGUAUUUAGAUGAUCAGCUUAGCAAAUGUACUAUAAGGUUGGCAUCUCAAGAAAGCAACGAAACGUUAAUGAAAGAGUUGAAAGGCAAGGCAGAAUUCUUCCAGCAGUACAUAAUAGACCGGUUCAAUAAACUACGUGAGCAGCGCAGUAUCGGUACUAAUACCGAGGAGCGGCCAUCUAGCCCACAGUCUCAGCCCUCGGAACAUUCUAGCAUUGAACAACUUGUUCAGAAUUGUGACGAUGCCAUGGCUGCUAAGACUGCCCUUAUGAUGAAAGAGAAAGCAAUAAGAGAUCAAAUUGCUGAAAAGUUUACACUAGAAAUGAAAACAGUAGAGAUGAACUGCGCGAGACGAAUUAAAGAGAUUGAGAACGAACAUAUUGAAACUGUAAGCAAAAUAAAAGAACUGCUUGAAAGGAAAGCGAAGGAGGUUGAGGCGCUAAAAGAGUUUAUACUCGCAGAAAGAGCUAAAGUCACACAGAUACUGGAAUCGAAGGAAAGUGAAAUAUCAGAACUCAUCAAAGAACACAAUGAACUACAAGUUGAGUGCCAGAAAGCUAAGGACACUAUCUUGGAUUGGAAGCAAAAAGCAGAGAGGUACAAAGAAAGAGCGUCACGUCUCGGUUCCUUAGAAGAUGUACUAAAACAUGAGAGAGAAGAUUGGAGACAAAGAAGUAGUUCAACGACAAAAGAAUGUAUGGCCAUGAAGACAAAAAUAGCAGAAUUACAAACGAAAUUUGCUCAAUUAGAUCAGAAAUAUGAAAAAUUGCAGGCCGAACAUAAAGUUAUACAAGACAAGUACAAAAAUGCUAAGAAAACUAUUUUUACUUAUAAGGAUUAUGUAACGAAAAAAGAUGCUCACGUGAACAAUGAAAUGAACAGAAUACAAGACGAGUAUAGGAAGAUAUUUAUAAAGCUGCAAAAUCAGUUAACUUAUCAUAUAAACUGCAGGCUGCAGGAAGAGAGGAAGGGGAAACAAGCGCAGGCGCAGAAUUCGCAACAAACCGAUUAUACUGAUAGAAUAAACAAGCUCAACGAUGAUUUCACGCGGCUGACGCAGUCAAACUUUAUGGACGGGCCAGACUUCAACUGACGACGGACUGGCCGGCGAUUGCAAGUGACGGUCACAACCAAACAACUAUUUCAAUGUAAAACAAGCAACGGCCCCAGUUUUUGUACUUAAUCUAGAUUUACAAACAUUUUUGAAAGUAUUAUGAAAAGUUUUAAUAUGGAUAAUGCAAGGCAUAUUUUUCAGUGAGAACUGAUAUAACGUUAAGACUGUAUAUAACUAUGACAAUCGCUCAAGCCCCACAUAGAAUAAUUUCAUAGAAUUAUCGAAUUGAAUUAAAUUUAGAUAAUCAGAUCAUUCCAUUUAGUGAAUUGUUCCUGUGAUAGUUAAGUACAUUGUAGAGUAAUGAAAUGAGAACAGUAUUACACAGUAAAGUGCAAAAAUAUCUCACAUUCCUCGAGACAUGUCCAACUUGUAUGAUCAUGUGAACACACAGGUACCUAUGUACCUUUUCGUGUCUAUGGCCUUUUUUAAGAGAGACUUGUUAUAUUAAAUGUAAUGUUACUUUUCAAUUAUUAUUGUGUUAAAUAAUAAAAGCAAUUGAAUUGUUUUCAUUAAAACAAAUGACGGAAUUCUAUUUUAUUGUAUUGUAUUGUAUGGAGUAAUUAUAUCUGUUAUGUAAAUAAAAAUACCAUUUGAUAAAAUUAGUUGUUUAUUUUUUUAUGUAGUACUUUGAAGGAACAAAAGGCAUUUUGGCGACGACGCAGGGAAUGUCUUUCCCUCUAAUAUUUACUAAGAGUUCCGUGCCUGCCUUCUUCAGAGCUUCGCUGACGUAGCCCAUAGCAAUGUUGACUCCAAGCGACGGGGCAGGGCAACCGCUAGUGACGCUACCGAUGGUUUCCGAAGUUUUACCGUCUUUCAACACAGCGCUUUUUCUAGCUGGUGGUCCAUUUUGUAAAAUGAUCCCUACACGUCUUUUAGAUACGCCUUCCUUGAUCUGACGCAAGAUUAUUGACGAUCCUGGGAAGGUGUCAUCAGUGCGCCUACGUUUCGCGAUAAGCCAGGUUAAGUUCGCUUCGACUGGUGUAACACUUUCAUCGAUGUCGUUGCCGUAGAGACAUAAUCCGGCUUCUAGCCGCAACGAGUCCCUCGCUCCGAGUCCCGCAAGUUUGACGUCACUGGACUGUAAUAAUGCUUCAGUAACGUGUUCUGCAUCUGCAGCGGGUAUUGAUAUUUCCACACCGUCUUCACCUGUGUAUCCACAUCUUGUGACACGACACUCAACACCGGCUACUUUGCCCAAUUUUGAUGUCAUAAACGUUAAGUCUUCUAGCUUAAUAUCAGUGAGAUUCUGUAACACUGCAGCUGCCUUAGGUCCUUGCAAUGCAAUCAAAGCUCUCUGGCUGGUCUCCCAGAAUUCUACAUUCACGUCGUUACCUUUCUUCCUGAAUAUCUCUGAAGUCUCUCUCAUAUGCUCUUUGUCGACUUUCAUUCGUCCGGCGUUGGAAACAACGUACAAAGUUUCUGCAUUCACCUUAGUAACAAUCAAGUCAUCUAUAAUUCCACCUUUGUCGUUCAAGAACACGGUGAGGGAACUGGACCCAUCUCGCAUACUCUUUAGAUCAACUGGGCAUAUAGACUCGAACCAAGAUAAACAAUCCUUGCCACGAACAUUAGUCUGUAGCAUGUGAGACACGUCGAAAAUUGAGGCACUUUUUCUUGUGAACAAGUGGGAUUCGGACAAACUUAGAUCCGAAUAUUGCACUGGUAGAAGGAAACCCGCGAAAUCAACGACUCUUCCUCCAUAUUUCGUGUGCAAAUCGAAUAAUGGCGUCUUCGUUGCCUUAGCUUCAUCACUAAACCACCGUAAGGACACAGCUCCAGGAAUAAGUUGCUUGGGAGCAAUUACUUUUGGAGCAAGCAGAACUCGGCUACGUGCUAUCGAACACAUUUUCACAGUCCAAAUUCUCACAAUAAUAUGAUUACAACAUCGGACGGCCAAACAAUAUCUGUAGUCGUUAUGAGAAAAGGUCAGUGGUCAAUCGGUAACUCCUGAUAAGUAGAAACGCUACUUCGUUAGUGGUGAGACUGUUUAUUGGAAACACUUUACGCUAUCGAAAACAAAUAGUGAGCUAAUGAUAAUUUGAUCUUGCUCUAUUACCAUUAGGUAGGUACAUAUUUCAUUACGAAACUUGUUGACAAUUUUUAUUCUUAUUUAAAAACUUACAACAUACCUAAAAGUUAUAUAUUUCCAAUAUUCAAGACAAAGUUGUU